AUGAAAAGAGUCAGAUCUCAUGACGACGAUGUAAUUAAUGAUGUGGAUCUACAGCCUAAACUUGCUUCUCUCGAUAGUGCCCAACCCAGUCCAGACCAGUUGAUAACCUGUAAUCUGCCGCCAUUCUGCCAUAUCGACCCAUUGCAAUUCGUUUCACUCGAACAAUUCGAAAGCCACUAUCAUCGAUUCCACAGUUACAGGUGUAGUGUAUGUCACAAAGUUUUCCCAUCCGAAAUCAUCCUCGAACUACACAUUACAGAAUGUCACGAUGCCUUUGCCGGUGCCAGACAGGCCAGAGGUGAAAAGAUAGUAAGUAAUCGUUCUGUUCCCAUUUCAUUGAGUGAAUAUGGAGUAGUAUAUUGGGGGUGGGAAGCCAAAGAAGCGUCCCUGUGGCCUCCGGCGGCUGGGGCUCCGCCCCAGACCCCGCUGCUCCUCUCGCUUCGCUCGAGUCGGACCUCCAGGGUUUCAGACUUUAGACUAACAGAUCAGUAUGGAUGCCUUGUAGAGGGUUGUGACAGAUUCUGUUCCACUGCUCAAAAACGACGCCGACAUGUCAUUGACAAGCACGGGUAUCCUCCACAGUUUGAUUUUAAAAUCAUCGAGUACGGUCUGUCUCGUAAUCAGAAUUCUCUGCUAAGACAAUAG